CGUCCAUCUCCUGACGUUCAAGUUCGCGGAGACGUCACGUCCGCACUUGAACUUGCAGCUGAGGGGGGGCUCCGGCUCCGGCUCUGGGCUCUGUGCGACUCUGACUGUGGCUCUGCUGUUCACCCCCCAUCACUCUGUCUGUGAGAGAAAGUCAUGAAGAGCUCCGCACAGCCCGCUGCGCGCUUCGCCUCAGCCGCUGUAUGAUCGGCAGUUUCGUCUCCUCUUCUCCCCCCCCUCCCCUUCUCUCUCUUGUUUCCCAUUUUGGAUGCCAGACGACAUCAAUGAAGACUAUUCUUUUGGAGACGAUCUCGUAGGAGCAGGAUUUCCCAAUGUGAACUCUGAAGCCGGAGAGCCGCCACUAAACCGACAUGUCUCGCCGCAAGCAAGGCAAACCCCAGCACUUGAGCAAACGGGAGUUUUCGCCUGAGCCGCUGUCAGGUGUUUUACCCGAAGAAGACUCUCAGGACUCCCCCAGGCGUGGAGUGGUUCCGGACGAGCCUCUAAAAGGGGACCAGGACCUGCUGACCUGCGGCCAGUGCCACUCCCGCUUCCCACUCGCCGACAUCUUGCUAUUCAUUGAACACAAACGGAGGCAGUGCCACGGGAGCCUCUGUGGGGACAAACCCCUGGACAGGCCACCGUCCUCCCCGCUCGCCUCGCCCCUCUCCACCUCCUCGUCGCACUCGCGGACCCAGCAUCAGCACUCGCGGAAGGUGUGUAACCCUGUGGAAGUGGCUGUUCAGGUGUCGCCGCGAGAUGAGGAUUGUUUAUCCACUCCCUUGCAAGGAAUAAUCCCCAAACUGGAGAACAUUACAGAUAAAGAUGAGCCCAGCAGUUACACGUGUACCACGUGUAAGCAGCCCUUCACCAGUGCCUGGUUCCUGCUCCAGCACGCCCAGAACACUCACGGCUUCCGCAUCUAUCUGGAAAGUGAGCCUGGCAGCCCCCUCACUCCCCGCGUGGCUACAGCUCCCGGGAUGGGGGGUGACUGUGCCUCGUCCCAGCCGCCCCUCCAUGCUGUCCACUUAGCUGACGGCAGCCCUUACAGCCUUCUGCGGAUGCCAGGCUCUGGCUCUGGUAGGGAUUCUGCAUCGACACCUCGUGAGGGUCGCUACCCCCGUACCCCACCCCUGUUCAGCCCUCCACCGCGCCAUCACCUUAGUCCAGACGACCUGGCCCUGGCAACUCACCACCCCAGCGCUUUUGACAGGGUGAUGAGGCUCAACUCAGUGCCACUGGAAAUGCCUCCAAGCAUGGACUUCUCUAGACGUCUGCGCGAACUGGCUGGGAAUGCAACUGGGCCUUCGCCACCUCUUUCCCCUAACAGGCCCAGCCCUAUGCAACGGCUGCUACAGCCAUUCCAGCCAGGUUCCAAGCCUCCCUUUUCAGCUACACCUCCCCUCUCUUCCUCUCAGUCACCGUCUGGCUCACGUUCCACUCCCAAUGCCAUUUCUAAUGCAGUCCAGCCAGGCACACCUCUCAAGGCAAAGUCUUGUGAAUUCUGUGGAAAGACCUUCAAGUUCCAGAGCAACCUAAUCGUUCACCGGCGUAGCCACACAGGGGAAAAGCCAUUCAAGUGUCACCUCUGUAACCAUGCUUGCACCCAGGCCAGCAAACUGAAACGACACAUGAAGACACACUGUCAGAACAAGUCGUCUGCUCUUAACGCCAAGUCAGAUGAUGGCUUCUCGGCCACCAGUUCUCCUGAACCUGGUACCAGUGAGCUGUUGGGCAGUGCCACGGAUGCCCUGAAGUCAGUGGUGGCCAAGUUCAAGAGUGAGAACAAUGGCCUGAUGCCUGAAAACGGAGAAGAGGAGGAGGAAGAGGAGGAGGAGGAGGAAGAGGAGGAAGAGGAGGAGGAGGAAGAAGAGGAGGAAGAAGAGGAGGAGGAGGAAAUGGAGAGUAAGCCUGGAGUGGAAGAAGAAGAAGAAGUAGAGGGAAAGAAUGACUAUCGUUUCAGCCUGCGGUUAGAAGGGGCCCGCCACCACCAGAACAGUGAAGCCCUGCAUCCACGCCGCCGGAGCUCAUCGCAGGAGCCUGGUGAUGACGACUCAGCCAUGGAGUCAGACCGGGCAGAUGAUGGAACCACAACCACCAUUAAUGGCCUGGGACCUUUAACCACUGACGACUUGUCCCGGAAGCUGCUGAGUGGAGUUGUCAGCCCUCGCUCGCUCAGUCCCAUGUCCAAGCGGAUCAAGGUGGAGAAGGACCUUGAUCCCCCCACGCCCACAAUCCCAAACACUGAGAAUGUCUACUCCCAGUGGCUAGCCGGCUACGCUGCCUCACGACAACUCAAGGACCCCUUCAUCACUUUUACAGGUGGGGAUUCCAGACAAUCGCCUUUCGCCUCCUCAUCUGAACACUCGUCAGAGAACGGCAGCCUGCGCUUCUCCACUCCACCUGGUGAGCUGGACGGGGAGCGGGCUGCUUCGGGACGCAGCGGCACCGGCAGUGGGGCCAGCACUCCCCACGGCGGCAGCGGGAAUGGCAGGCCGAGUUCUAAGGAGAGCCGCCGCAGUGACACUUGUGAGUUUUGUGGCAAGGUGUUCAAGAACUGCAGCAACUUGACAGUGCACCGACGCAGUCACACUGGAGAGCGGCCCUACAAGUGUGAGCUGUGCAGCUAUGCGUGCGCCCAGAGCUCAAAGCUCACCCGCCACAUGAAGACCCAUGGACAGUUGGGCAAGGACGUGUACAAAUGUGAAAUCUGCCACAUGCCUUUCAGUGUAUACAGCACUCUGGAGAAACACAUGAAGAAGUGGCACAGCGACCGCCCUCUUGCUAAUGACAUUAAGACUGAGUAGGCAAAGAGCAGCAUGCUGGCAGCUCUCUCUCUCUCUCUCAGCUCCUCUGGCUAAAAAGUGACCCUGGCUAACUAGCCGAUAAGUGAGGGGAAAGGACAACAGGGUUAGACACCAGUACACAGUACAACCCUGUUAUAAUCCCUGACUGGAAAGCGCUGAAUGCAUGAUCCAUCAAUGGGGCAAUACUAUUGCAUCAAACGCAAAACUUUUUGAGCCUUUCUAUUGUGCAAUAAUUGACACGUUUUGUAUUUUUUUGUAACUGGACAGCAUGCUAGGUGUGUUUUGGCUACUUAGAGAGAAAUUUGUCCUUGACUGGUGGGUUUUUGGUUGUACAUGUGUUGCUGUUGAUACUUUUGAUUUCUUCAACGUAAAAAAAAAAAAAAACAUUAGUUAUGAGAACCCAUGCUGCAUACAGUCCAUACUGUUUUACAUAUCAUGUACAGUUUUGUGUUUUAACAUAGUGGACAGUGUCAUAUUAUCCAAACAUCACAACAAGCAGGGUCACACGUUAAACUGAUCUUUGUGAAAGACUUUCCAUGCAAGGUUGAGAAAAUAGAUAUAUAUAUGUAAAAGAAUUAGGCUGCCUAUAAAAUGCUAGGCACUGGCGCCAUUAAGUAUUUCUUAUACAAACAGCAAUGAAAUUAACAAUAUGGUGUGAAAUGACAACAAAGAGUGCCUUGAAUAUUUUACCUGCAUUAAUUAAUCCUCUUUUUUGCUAUAAGCUCGGAGUUUCAGCUAUCGAAGAUUACAGGACAUUUUUGUGCACAUAUGGAAUAAGCAGGUACUUGCAUCAAGCGCCUGUACGACCCUGUCGUUUUGUGACUUAGCAGAGCAUACAGAACCAGCUGACAUGAAAAAGUAAAAAAAAAAAAUACUACGUGUAUCUCUGGUAAAUCAUUUAUCUGCCUGACUCAUGGAUAUUGUUAUUCUCCAGAUUAUGAUUCUGUUUACUGGCAUGUUACAUGCUAAAAGGAGUAGGAGUUCGGUGUGUAGAGUUUUCAGUUUAGGUGUUUAUUAUUUUCAGGUAUGCGCGUGUGUACCAUACUGAGAGGGAGUCGUUUCAACCAACGUAAAGCUCUUAAUUUUCCAGAGUGUUUUUUUUUUUGGUUAAUUUUCUUUCAAAAUUUAAAAGUUUGCAGUUUUCAAUUUUGUCUGUGUCCGCCAGGCAGGCAGUGUAGCCAGCAGCCACUUGAAGACCACACAGUGGGUUAUAGUUGCUCUAAGCCAGACUAAUUUUGGGUGAGGGUGGGUUAGGGGUGAGGUUUUGGCUGGGUGUAUGAGGGUAAGGGUGGGGUAGAGGGUCAGAGUAGUGGAUGGGCAGUGGGUUAACCAGGUGUCGCUACAAUUCAAAUGUUUAUGUCAUAAUAGUACUUAUUCUCUUUACUGCAUUAGAUCUUAGAAACCCUUACGUAAUCUGAAAACCUUGUUUUUUAUUACCUUGCGUUGGAAAUGAUCUUCAAUGAACGUUCAAAUUUGAAAGAAUCGGAAUCUAGUGGAAACUGAAAGAAAAGUUUUUUCCCCUCACAUACACGUUUUUUUUAACGUACACAUUUUGUGUUCUUUUGAGUUGACAUGCUGUAGACCUUAUUAUGGUAGUUUCAUCUUUAUCUUCAUCCCUCAUCAUUGUUGAUGAUAUAGCACUUGUCACUCUGCCUUGGAUUCUGUAUCUGUCUCUCUAAUCGGAGGUACAGUGGUUGAGUAUAAAAUGAGAACCGGAUUUCAGAUCUGGGACUAAAUACGUGCACUGUUCAAUUUUCCCAGUUUACAGUUGGACGCUCAAGGGAAAACUUGCUCUUAUGCUGACAGGUUAGUGUGGUGUCAUUGCUUUGCAUUAAUUACAAGAAAAACAUACUUAAAAAAAAAAAAAAACAGAAAAAGAGAAAAAAAAGAGUUGAAUGAGAAAUUGUCGCCAGCCAUGUCUCCUUCUGAGAACUGAAUCACUUUGGUUCUUGGUGUCAAUGCAGGAACAGCCAUAGAAAUAUCCUGCGUCAAAACCAACUAUAGAAAUGUACUGCUCAUUACAGAUAAAACAUUCUACAGAUUUUGAUUUAAGAUAAGUAAAUUUUGUUGUCAAUUUCUUUAAGUAAUGCUUCAAAUAUCUUUAGGGGAGAUCCUUAUUUAAUUUUUUUUUACUAUUUUUUUUUCCAAUUGUGUCUGCUUUCUGUCUCGGUGACAUCAGGCACUCGAUCACUAUGUAAUGAAUUGUGAUGAACAUGUCUCUCAUCUUUUUUGCCUUUACUAUACACAAGUCUUCAGGUUGAACAAAAAUUUGCAUCUGGGAGAGAUUUAUGAUAUAUAAAUAUAUAGAGAGAACUUAAAGCAUAGGAAAAUGCACACUCAUGUAGGUUCCUAUGUUCAAAACACAUUUAUGGUCUACUUUUUUCCUGUAUUUAGAAAUGGUAUUUGAAAUUAAUGUUCACUUAGUGUAGGCACUUAUAGUAUUUAUGUUGGAGCCUGUAUUUUUAACUGUUUUUGCCUGUACUCUUAAAAGGUUUCAAUGUACCCUUUUUUUCUGUAGUGAGAAAAAAAAAUCCCAACAAGCUGCCACCGUAUAUUUUCUUAAUUUGGCAGGAUAAUAUAGUGUGAAUAAUUUGUAUGCUUGAAAAUAAGUAUGUUUUUGAAAAAUAAAAAAAGUUGUGGUGUCCCCCCAAGGGUGAGAGGUCAUGUAAUGGCCUUUUCAGGCAAUUCCCGCUGGAGCGACCACAAUGAGGUAAAAACAGGUGGUUGUACAUAUCUUUUUAGUUUGUUUUAUAUAUUUUUCUCUCCUGCCAUUUUAUAUGCAGUAAUACAAGCUAUUGUUGGGUUUUCUUGGUAGCCAACUUUUUACUGUCCUUGAACAUGUACCACCUGAUAACAUUCCAGCCGUUUUUUGAGAAAGACCUUUCGUCAUAUGCAAUCAAUCUAACACCAAUCCGAAAAGCAGUUCUUUUCCCCCCCUCCUUUGCUACACUAUUUUUGAACUUUGUUUUUGUCAUUGCCAAAUGAACCAUGGUGCUUUAUAAUUUAAAAUAUGGUACAUGUCAUACGCAAAGGCAUCUUCUAAAUAUAACUGAAAUCAUAGAAAGAAUUAAGUUUGGUACAUGUCACCAUUGCUGAUGGUUUUGAGGUACAUUAAAAUUUUAAGCCUGAUUUCAUCCUGUGUUCUGUAUUUACGCUCAAGCUAUUUGUUCUGAACUGAACUUGAAAAGUUGACCUGUGACAUUGGUUGACAUUAUUUAUUUUGACUAUACACACACUCACACACACAUGCACACCCACACACACAUGCUCUGUUCAGAACAGAGUCAGUGUAAAAACAAAUCAGCCCGUUUCUCUCCCUCCUGAUGAAUUGUGAUGGCUUACUUUCUCUGUCUGAUGACCAAAGGUCAUUGACCAAACUUUAUGAGUUUUUGCUCAACUUACAGAUUUUUGUUGUUGUUGUUGUCGUCGUCGUCAUUAUUUUUCAGUUACGGAGAUGCCACUCUAUUUUCAGCUGUUGUCUGCAUUAUUCUCUUCACUCAGCCAUUUUGUCUUGGAAAAAAAAUAAAAAGUAUUACAUGCAUUAUUUGAA